AUGGGAGAGCCUGUAAUAGGGGAUGACAGAUUGAAGAUACUGCCACUAGUUGGACCAACAAAGUUGAUUAUGGAGAUUCCAAUCAGUAACUAUCAGUGGCAUGAGUUCUUUCCAAAUGUAACACAUAAUAUCGGCAUUGUUAUUGCGAUAUGGGCUCCAAUUGUCCUUGUCUAUUUUAUGGAUGCGCAAAUAUGGUAUGCCAUAUUUUCUACUCUAUUUGGUGGGAUUCAUGGAGCCUUCAGCCAUUUGGGUGAGAUACGGACACUUGGAAUGUUACGAUCCAGAUUUGCAGCUGUACCUUCAGCUUUCUGUGAACGUCUUGUGCCAUUACUACAUAAGGGAAACAAAAGGAAUCACUUGGAUCCAGUGCAAGAACAGAACAUUGCCAGUUUUUCUCAGGUGUGGAAUGAGUUCAUACAUUCCAUGCGCUUGGAAGACCUGAUUAGCAAUAGGGACAGAAACCUGUUGUUUGUUCCAUAUUCAUCAUCAGAUAAAACCACUGUUGUCCAGUGGCCUCCUUUUCUGCUUGCUAGUAAGAUUCCCAUAGCCUUAGACAUGGCAAAAGAUUUCAAAGGAAAUGAUGAUGACUUGUUUAAGAAGAUCAGGAGUGAUGCUUACAUGCAUUCAGCAGUUAUUGAAUGCUAUGAGACACUCAGAGAAAUUAUAAAUCGCCUUCUGGAAGAUGUAAAAGAUAGGAUGAUUCUGACGCAGAUAUGUCAUGAAAUAGAUAGUAGCAUAGAGGACAAGAAACUUUUAUCCAAUUUUAAAAUGAGCGAGCUGCCUCAACUAAGUGAGAAGUUGGAGAAAUUUCUAACGCUAUUGCAAGCUGAGGAGGACAAAAUUUCUGAAGCUCAAAUAAUCAAUGUCCUACAGGAUAUUAUGGAGAUAAUCACACGGGAUAUUAUGGCCGCUGACAAUCAAAUCCUGGAAAAUGCUCACCAUGGUUCAAAUGCCCAAAAAGAGCAGAGGUUUGAAAGGCUUGACAUCUACCUGAUGCAGCAAAAACCGUGGAAGGACAAGGUUGUUAGGCUCUAUUUGCUAUUGACUGUCAAGGAAUCUGCCAUAAAUGUGCCUCAGAACUUGGAGGCUCGCCGCCGCAUAACUUUCUUUGCAAACUCCUUGUUUAUGACUAUGCCAAGUGCUCCGAAAGUCCGUAAGAUGCUGCCCUUUAGUGUUUUAACUCCAUAUUACAAAGAAGACGUCCUUUAUUCUGUGGACGAACUAAACAAGGAAAACGAGGAUGGGAUAUCAGUUUUGUUCUACCUAAAAAAAAUAUAUCCUGAUGAAUGGACAAAUCUCGAAGAACGCAUAGCAGAAACUAUAAAUACUAGAAAAGAUUGUGAACCUGCAGAUCGUGAGAAAGCAAAGAUGGAGUUAAUUUGUGAGUGGGUAUCUUACAGAGGGCAGACACUUGCUAGAACAGUGAGAGGGAUGAUGUACUACAAAAAAGCUCUGGAACUUCAAUGCUUCCUGGAAUUUGGAGGAGAUAAUGCUUUUUAUGGUGGCUACCAAAGCUUGGCUUUUAAUGUCAGUGACAAGGGUUUCAUUGAUCGUGCACAAGCCCUGGCUGAUUUGAAGUUUACCUAUGUUGUCUCUUGUCAGGUUUACGGGAAUCAGAAAAAAUCUGAUGAUCUUAGGGAUAAAAGCUGUUACAGUAAUAUUCUUAAUCUAAUGUUAAAGUAUCCAUCUCUACGCAUUGCUUACAUAGAUGAAGGAGAAGAGAAAGUAAAUGGAAAAACUCAAAAGCUCUAUUUCUCUGUUCUUGUCAAGGGAGGGGAAAAGUAUGAUGAGGAAGUAUACCGCAUCAAGCUUCCAGGGCGCCCAGUAGAUAUUGGUGAAGGGAAACCUGAAAAUCAAAAUCAUGCCAUUAUCUUUACUCGUGGAGAAGCACUGCAAACAAUAGACAUGAAUCAGGAUAAUUACUUUGAAGAAGCUUUCAAAAUGAGGAAUGUAUUGGAGGAAUUCCUGAAACGUCGCCGAAGCCGGCGGAAGCCGACAAUAUUAGGUCUAAGGGAGCAUAUAUUCACUGGAAGUGUGUCAUCACUAGCAUGGUUCAUGUCCAAUCAGGAGACAAGUUUUGUGACUAUUGGGCAACGAAUCUUGGCAAAUCCUCUUAGGGUGAGGUUCCACUAUGGUCAUCCUGAUAUAUUUGACAGAAUCUUCCACAUAACAAGAGGUGGAAUAAGCAAGGCUUCAAGAGUAAUUAACUUAAGUGAAGAUAUAUUUGCAGGAUAUAAUUCAACUCUGCGUGGGGGAUUUAUAACCCAUCAUGAGUACAUCCAAGUUGGCAAGGGACGUGAUGUGGGAAUGAAUCAAAUAUCGCUUUUUGAGGCAAAGGUUGCAAAUGGAAAUGGAGAGCAGACACUUAGCCGUGAUGUUUAUCGUCUUGGGCGUCGAUUUGACUUCUAUAGGAUGUUGUCAUUCUACUUUACAACAGUGGGUUUCUAUUUUAGUAGUAUGGUGACCGUGCUUACUGUAUAUGUGUUUUUAUAUGGACGUUUGUACAUGGUUAUGAGUGGUGUGGAAAAAGAGAUACUUGAGAACACAAGCAUACGACAUAGCAAGGCUCUUGAAGAGGCUUUGGCUACCCAAUCUGUUUUUCAAUUGGGCUUACUGCUAGUUCUGCCCAUGGUCAUGGAAAUUGGCCUGGAAAAAGGAUUUCGUACUGCCCUGGGUGAUUUUGUCAUCAUGCAGCUACAGCUGGCAUCUGUAUUCUUUACAUUUCAGCUUGGGACAAAAGCACAUUAUUAUGGAAGAACAAUCUUGCAUGGAGGUUCCAAGUAUCGUGCUACAGGCCGUGGAUUUGUUGUUUUUCAUGCAAAGUUUGCUGACAACUACAGGAUGUACUCCCGAAGUCACUUUGUGAAGGGGUUGGAGCUUUUUAUUCUAUUGGUCGUCUAUGAAGUGUAUGGGGAAUCAUAUCGAAGUUCAAAUCUUUAUUUGUUUGUCACUAUCUCUAUGUGGUUUCUUGUGGCUUCUUGGUUGUUUGCUCCUUUCCUGUUCAAUCCAUCUGGUUUUGACUGGCAAAAGACAGUAGAUGAUUGGACAGACUGGAAGAGGUGGAUGGGAAAUCGUGGUGGUAUUGGGAUUGCACCUGAUAAAAGUUGGGAAUCAUGGUGGAAUGAAGAACAGGAACACCUCAAACACACAAAUAUCAGGGGGAGAGUGCUGGAGAUAAUACUUGCAUUUCGCUUCUUUGUUUACCAGUAUGGAAUUGUCUACCACCUUGAUAUAACUCAUCACAGCAAGAGCAUACUGGUCUACGCACUUUCUUGGUUGGUUAUGGUGACUGCUCUUCUUGUCUUAAAGAUGGUAUCAAUGGGUAGGCGAAGAUUUGGAACAGACUUUCAGCUCAUGUUCAGGAUUCUCAAAGCCCUUCUUUUCCUUGGCUUCAUAUCAGUCAUGACUGUCUUAUUUGUUGUAUGUGGACUCACCGUGUCAGAUUUAUUUGCUGCUAUCCUUGCCUUCACGCCCACAGGAUGGGCCCUUGUUCUUAUUGGGCAAGCAUGCAGGAAACUAUUGAACCGGGUUGGAUUCUGGGAAUCAAUAAAGGAGCUAGCGAGAGGAUACGAAUAUAUAAUGGGGCUGAUACUUUUCAUGCCCACAGCCAUUUUGUCUUGGUUCCCAUUUGUAUCUGAAUUCCAAACACGCCUGCUCUUCAAUCAAGCAUUUAGUAGAGGCCUCCAGAUUUCAAUGAUUCUUGCGGGAAAGAAGGAAAAAACUUCUUGAAGUCUUUCGCAUGUUACAUUUGCCUUCACUCAUCAGAAUGUUAUUAUGUUCUUCAAUGUUCUUCACAUAGUGUUACAGUUAUCACUUCUAUAGCACUUAGUGACUUUUGUAACCUCAUCUUUCUGAAACUUUUGGUGACAUUUUUCAAGAAAAAAGUUGCAUCUUUUUCA